AUUACACUUGGUCCAUUUCUUUAUGUCCUUAGAUGAAAUGAAGAGAAUAAUAGCAAAUAAGUACAGGUGAAAGAAAGAAAAUGCAAGAAGAGAAUUUCACCAUCUGGAGUUUUUUUUUCCUGGAGGGAUUUUCUCGAUAUCCAAGGUUAGAGAUUGUUCUCUUCAUCUUCAGCCUUAUAAUGUAUCUGAUUACCCUCUUGGGAAACAGCACUCUUAUUUUAAUCAUUAUCCUAGAUUCACACCUUCAAAUGCCCAUGUACUUCUUCCUUGGAAACCUCUCUUUCAUGGAAUGUUACACAUCUGCUUCUAUUCCUACUUUGUUGGUGAACUUGCUGUCAUCCCAGAAAACCAUUUUCUUUCCUGGGUGCACUACACAGAUGUAUCUUUCUCUCACUAUGGGCUCCACAGAGUGUGUGCUCCUGGCUGUGAUAGCAUAUGACCAUUAUGUGGCCAUCUGCAACCCACUGAGAUAUCCCACCAUCAUGAACAGGCAGGUCUGUGCACAGAUGGCUGCUGUUUCCUGGAUGACUGGCUGUCUGACUGCCCUGCUGGAAAGCAGUUUUGCCCUGACGAUACCCCUCUGUGGGAAUCUCAUUAAUCAUUUCACGUGUGAAAUUCUUGCAGUGCUAAAGUUAGCUUGCACAAGUUCACUGUCCAUGGAAAUGAUCAUGCUGGUGGUUAGUAUUCUCCUCCUGCCCAUUCCAAUGCUCUAAAUUUGCAUCUCUUAUGUUUUCAUCCUUUCUACUAUUCUGAGAAUCAGCUCAUCAGAGGGAAGAAACAAGGCCUUUUCCACUUGUGGUGCACACUUGACUGUGGUGAUUUUAUAUUAUGGGGCUGCCCUCUCCAUGUACCUGAAGCCUUCUUCAUCAGGCUCACAAGAAAUAGACAAAAUCAUUUCAUUGCUUUAUGGAGUGCUUACUCCUAUGUUGAACCCCAUAAUUUACAGUUUAAGAAACAAAGAAGUCAAAGAUGCCAUGAAAAAACUGCUGGGAAAAAUACAAUUGUAUCAAACACAUGAACAUCCCUGA